UACGAGCGCGCCCGCUUCCUUUACUACCUCGACGCCGCUAAGUACGACCCUAACUCCUACGUUAGUAACGUCCGCCUUUAUAAGGACGCCGAUAAGGUUAAGCGCUCGCUACUAGCUAUCGCUACCUUCUACGAGGAGGUACGUAAGCGCGCUACCCUUAAGUACCUCGCUUAG